AGCCGUUUUCGCCCAUGCAGAGCGCAUGGCUCCCCAUCGGCGGCAUCCCGCGCGCACGGCUGCGAGGUACGCCGGGAGCGCACCCUGAGAGCCUCCGGAGCCUAUGGCGGGUUCCAUUGGCGCUCACAUGGAGCCAUGUCAGUUUUCUUCGCGGACGGACGGCUCGGCGGGCCCGGCGCUGGCGCGUGCGCCGCGGGGAGGUUCCUUGGCGCACGCAGCUGCGCAAGACGCCGACGACCUCCCGGAGCCCGGAGAUCUUCCACGAGGAGGCGGUUUUGGACGGCGCAGCGGUGGAGCUUCUACGGGAGACCGAGGACUUCGCCCUGGUGAGGACGGCUGGCGCCGGGGCUGAGGGCUGGGUGCAGAAGCAGUAUCUUUACCAGCUGGCGGAGGUUCCUCAGAUGAAUGCCAGCGACCUGGAGGACGCGGAUGUGCUGGGUCCUUUGGUGCUCACAGAUGCCACCCCGACCUUGAGCGGCUGGCAGGGCCGGCCCUUGGCGCGGAUGCAGCCGCUGGCGGAGGUGGUGGCCUCCGUGCAGUGGCGCUGCCGCCUGGCCACCGAAGAACUAGGCGGCGCCACCCGCGCCGCGCCGCGGUUCCUGCGGUACAGCCUGCAAAGCCCGGCCACGCCCAUCGUAAUCGGCGCCUACCAGGCCCGAGGCGCCGCCGCCUUCCGAGCCGUUAGCCCGCGGCUGCUGCGCAGCAUGGACGUGCAAGGCUACCUCUCCGUACCGCAGCCCAGCAGCGACCUGUUGCAGGACCUGGUGCCGCCGCAGCUGCGCCCGCCAGAGCGCUUCUGCUUCGCCUUGCUGGGCCCAGGCGCGGACUCCUUGCUGCGGCGGGACGUCGUGAUCUACGGGCAGUGCCUCCUGCUGCUGUCGGGCCACCUGGACGUGCGCCUGCUGCCGCCAGGCGCGGAGGGCUUAGGCGCCUUCCAGGGCCAGCUGGGCUGUGCCGUGUCGCCCCUGGACCUGUUUGCAGCGGAGGCCCAGGCCCGGGCGAUGUACGAGGCCCACCUCCAAGAAGGUGACGCCCUGCUGGUGCCGCCCGGGUGGUGGCACCAGGCCACGGCCGGGCUCGACGGGGCGGCCCUGGCGAUCUCCCCGCUGCUGACGCCGCAGCUCGCGCGCUCCGCGGAGGAGGAGAUGCGGCGGCUGGACGUGGAGGACCAAAUGUCCCCGAUCGGAUCUUCGGAGCAACAGCCGGGCGACCAACAGACGGGCGCGAAGCAGGGCGUCUACGGCGACUUCGAGGAGUUCGGCAGAACCUUGGCCACUCUCGCCUCCAUGGGACAUCAGGUGGGCAUAGGAGCCUGGCCCUUUCUCCCGCACGGGGAGGCCCCCUCUGGUUCCUUCGAAGAGUGCCUGCGGCGGUUGCUGGAGGAGUACCCGGGCUUCGCGUACAGCGGCGCGGUGCUGCCGAUGUGCGAAGGCCGAGACCUCCAGAGGUUCAUCGCCACUGGCGGCUUCAUCGCCCCAGCCCCAAGGCCCCUGAGGCCCUUCGCCGCCGCAGAUCGGCUGCGACGAUGGCUGGACCUGCCGCUCUCUUCCGGCCUUCCAAGUGCCCUCGAGGGAGACGCCCCGCGGGUGGUGUGGAUGUUUUGGGCCCAGGGCUGCUCAGAGCUCACGGGCUUUCGGCGCCUCUGCGUGCACACCUGGCGCCUGCAGAACCCCUCCUGGCAGGUGGUGAUCCUGGACAAGGACUCGGUCUGGCGCUACUUCGAGCGGGGGACCUGCGAGCUUCCGGCCUGCUACGAGGAGACUUCCGGCAGCCCAGCAAUCGGACGCCUUGCGCUUGGCGCUCCUAGCGCGCUACGGGGGGGUCUACACGGACGUCGCCACCAUUUGCCUGCAGCCCUUGGAGGAGAGUGGGUUUGGAGGAAGAUUUGCUCGGGCCCGCUGGAGCAAGGCUUAGGCGCGUGGUACGUGGAAUGGUUCGGCGUGGAGCCUGGAGGACGCGAGUACGUGGAGAACUGGUUCCUGGCCGCCCGCGCCGGUCACCCGCUGGUGCUGGCCUGGCGGGAUCUCUACGUGGCCGGCUGGGCCGAUGCCAGGACGCGGCACGAGUAUCCGCUGGGGCCGCUGUUUCGAGAUGUGGACCUGUCCCACAUCACCAUUGCGGAGCAUCGGGACUGGCUUCUGAUGCACGUGUGCUUCAAGAAGCUCAUCGAUGAAGAUGCCGAGCUGAGGCGCAUUUGGUCGGAGCAGAUGCUUUUGCUCAAGGCCGACACGGGCGCGCUGGCUUGGAUGGCGGACGUGGAUGCAGACCGGCCCGAGGAGACGCGGUGCGGCGCUGGGUGCUGAGUCGAGAUGACGCGUGGGCGGAGAGGAACCUGGCGCCGAUGAUCAAGUUUGUGGGUGAUGCAGCCCAGGCGCUGCAGUGGCAGCCGGAGCACCUGGUGCAGGAGAACUGCUUGACACAGGUCCUCGCUCGGGCACUGCCGCGACCUCCCGAA